AAAAGAUGGGAAGCGGUGUAGUAGCUCUCUUAACUCUCUCUCUUCUUCUUCUCAUUGCAACCCACCAAGCUCAUUCCGCAAUAGGCGUGAACUGGGGAACGCUGUCGUAUCACAAGAUGAGACCUUCAACAGUGGUGGAUCUCCUCAAAGCCAACAAAAUAACCAAAGUAAAGCUCUUUGAUUCAAAUCCAGAUGCACUCCGAGCUCUAAUGGGCACUGGAAUCCAAGUCAUGAUCAGCAUUCCCAAUGACCUUCUCUCCACUUUCAAUCCUGAUCUCUUCGUCCAGCAGAAUCUCUCUCGCUUCAUGGGCAAAGGUGGCGCUGACAUCAGGUACGUUGCAGUAGGGAACGAGCCGUUCUUGACGAGUUACGGAGGUGUGUAUCAGAACUAUGUUGUUCCAGCUAUGGUUAACCUGCAACAGUCUUUGGUCAAAGCAAAUCUAGCUAGCUAUGUGAAGUUGGUUGUUCCUUGUAACGCAGAUGCGUAUGAGUCUAAUGUUCCUUCUCAGGGGACGUUUAGGCCUGAUCUAAUGCAGAUUAUGACUGAACUAGCUUCGUUUCUCAAUUCAAAUGGGUCUCCCUUUGUUGUCAAUAUCUAUCCUUUCCUUAGUCUCUAUCAAAACUCUGACUUCCCACAAGACUUUGCGUUUUUCGAGGGGAGUAGUCAUCCUGUUCUUGAUGGGCCUAAUGUUUAUUAUAAUGCGUUUGAUGGGAACUUUGACACUCUUGUCUCUGCUCUCGCCAAGAUUGGGUUUGGUCAGAUGCCUAUUGUUAUUGGUGAGAUUGGUUGGCCUACGGAUGGAGCAGUUGGUGCUAACCUCACGGCGGCAAGGGUUUUUAACCAAGGGCUUAUCAACCAUUUGUUGAGUAACAAAGGGACGCCGCUAAGACCUGGCUCACCUCCUAUGGAUGUGUAUCUUUUUGGUUUGCUUGAUGAAGGAGCUAAGAGCACGUUGCCUGGUAACUUUGAGAGGCAUUGGGGAAUCUUCUCUUUUGAUGGACAGGCCAAGUAUCGUCUCAACUUAGGAAACAAAGGAGGACUCAAGAAUGCGGAGAAUGUGCAGUACCUUCCUUCCAGGUGGUGUGUGGCUCACCCGGAGAAGGAUAUGGCACAAGUUGCAGACGAACACUUGAGGCUUGCUUGCAGCCAAGCGGAUUGCACAACGCUCAACGACGGGGGAUCAUGCAGCCAACUUGGGGAGAAGGAUAAUAUCUCAUAUGUUUUCAACAGUUACUAUCAGCUGCAGAUGCAAAAUGAAAAGAGCUGUGACUUUGAUGGGCUUGGUAUGGUCACUUUCCUAGAUCCUUCAGUUGGGGAUUGUAGAUUUCUUGUGGGUGUUACAGAUAAAGAUUUGUCUUCAAGCAGCGCUGAGAUAAUGGCAAGGUGGGAUAUCUACCACAUUUGGAUUGGACUAGUGGGGGUGUGGGCUCUAACACGGUGUUACAUUUUGUACUAAGAUAAAGGAUAUGGAGAAAUUACAUAUAUAUAGAGAGAGGGUCAUAUUGACUUUAUAUUGUAUUUCGAGUCACUUUCUUGAGCAUGUAAGCUGAAACGUAGAACCAGUGUAACAUCAUCAUCUUCUUGGGGUUUAUAUUAGAAAGCAAGUAGUAUUGUCUCUUCUCUCUACUACAUGUCUACAACUAUAGUAGUAUCUUUGUUGAUUGAUGACUAUAAAAUGCCAAUGUAGC